CCCACCAGUUCGCCGUUCCUGUGGGCGUUUUGGACAUGAUUUAAUGAAGAGGCGACUUCAAAAUUUUUUUGAAGGUAAGUUUUGAAUCGAUUGAGUGGUGAGAAACCCGGGGUUCGACUGAACGUCGACACUCUUGUCAAUGGGACACGUGGGACUUUCUGUUCUUGAAGUUCAACUACUAUGGCACCACCGGAGUACUCCACACGAUCAUAGUUUUUCCUAAGCGAUCAAGCUGCCCUCGGGCAAUUAGCCACAACAACUCACUAUUGCAAUGAAGUUUGUGACAAGCGUGGAAUUUUAUUCUGACUUGUUCUGAGGUUCUCAGAACUGGAGACGACGAUCAACGACCUCGUCAGGACUCAAAAUACAUCAGACUUGAGACGGCCAACACAUAUGGGUGCCAUUCUUACUUUGAUUUCAUGUUAUCAUGUGCGGGUAAAGACAGGCAAAGACUCAUGUUAUGUAUCAAGAUCAUUAACUUCUGUUGCAAUGUAAUCAUUGCAAUCAUGAGGUGGCACCGCCUCGUGUGCAUCAGCAACCCCAACCUACAUAAGAGGAUCCCCGCGAUUCUUCUCCACCCUUCUUCAGCUAUGUCGACCAUGGCCCACUACGAGAGUACCACGGUUGCAUCAUUGAUAAUUCACUCUACAGACGUCGCCGUCGCCUCGGCAGCUCUAAUUGUUUACGACCAUGUAAUAACGUUUGAUCAGGAGGUGAAUCUGUUUUGGACUGGUCCAUGGGAUGCAUCUAGGUUUCUCUAUCUUAGCGUGAUCUAUGUCCCAAUCUACAAGCAAUUUCGCGUCUCCAAUCCUACUGCAUUGCUUAUCGCGGAUAUCGUGUUGAUCACUCUGGGCGCUGCGCUGUGUCAAGCUGUCAUCGCUCUCCGUGUUUGGUACCUCUUCUCGAGGAACAAGCUAAUACGAAGAUUUGCUGCGUUGCUGUACUUCGUGUGCAUAUGUUCGACUUGGACGUUAAUUGGCUUUCUCUUCAACCGUAUCUAUCAAGAAAUGCAGCAUCCGAGUUUGAUCAAAAACCCCUCUAUAUUCGCCGUUGUCUACGCGCCUGCCUUUGUAAAUCAUAGCGUCCUUUUUGGCCUCAAGGUAUAUAGGGGCUUAAUAAUGUAUGCAUGCGCGACGGGAUCGAUUCUGUAUACAAUUAUCUCCAUUUCAUUAACUAAUGUUUCGCAGCUGGAUGUGAGUAGUGCCAACCCAUUCGUCGUUGGCGCGACCCUCGUCUCCGUCUGCCACGCAUUACUCAGCAUUCGAUCUAUAUCUGCGACGCUUCACGUAGAUCCGGCAUGGCUCCUCAAUCACGCAGAACUCAGUCGUGUCCAUUGGACCAAGGGAGAUCAUGAUGGCGAGAUUUUCGUCGAGCUAGACGGUUACAACGAGGCAGAACUCCCCAUGAUGAAUCUUAGUGGCAUGGAUAUUCUGGAUGCGGUGCAAUCUGCGAGUGACAGUGAUCGUUUUGAGGAUCUAGGCGCUCCCACGAAGAGCCAAUGAUCAUCGAUGUAUCAUAGAUCGGCGAUGAACUCGUUUCGGUCAUACGUUUUUAGCAUCCUACACUGCCGCAUGAGCCUUCGAUACCUUAAUAGUUACUGAACCUGUGUGCUAACCCGAGUAAUUCCCACACCUAAUGCAUGAUAGUAGAGGACAGAGGUCGUUCUUUUGUGCGAAGUUGUUGUGAAAGAGAGCAAGGAGAGUUGUUCACGCACUCCUAUCUUCAAAUCUACUAACGGACAUGUGUUAUCGACGAAUCUGAG